UAACGGGUCGGGGGUCGGGGGGUGGGGGGCGCGGCGGGGCGGCAGCAUGAAGCGCGGCCCCGGCUCCGACCGCAGCGAGCUCGACGACCCGGCCGAGCGGGACGGGCCCCCGGACCGCGGACACCCCGGACCCUCGUCCCCGUCCGCAUCUUCGCCCGUCUCGGCCAGGAAGCGACGCAGAGGCAUCAUCGAGAAACGCCGCCGAGACCGGAUCAAUAACAGCUUGUCCGAGUUGCGGAGGCUGGUGCCCAGCGCCUUCGAGAAGCAGGGAUCGGCGAAGCUGGAGAAAGCGGAGAUCCUGCAGAUGACCGUGGACCACCUUAAAAUGUUGCAUACGGCGGGGGGGAAAGGCUACUUGGACGCGCACGCCCUCGCCAUGGACUACCGGAGUCUGGGCUUCCGGGAAUGCCUGGCCGAAGUGGCCCGCUACCUCGGCCUGAUGGAGGGCCUGGACCCGGCCGAUCCUCUGCGAGCGCGCCUCGUCUCCCACCUGCACCACUACGCCUCCCAGCGGGAAGCCGCGGUCCCCUGGGGCGGGGGCUUCGGCCCGCACCCGCCCCUCGCCCACCCGCUGCUGCCGUCCCCGGGGGGCCGCGGCCCCGCGGCGCCGGCCGCGGAGCCCCAGACCCCGGCCCGGAUCAGCGCCUCCCGCCCGGAAGCCUCGUCUCCGAGGGUCCUCCCCGGCGGGAGCCUGGGACCGACUCCGAGGGUGACCCCCGCCGGGGGCCCGGGACCGCUGCUCCCCGGGGCCACCUCGGCCUCCAGACUCGCUCCGCCUUUGCUGUCCUCCGUGGUGUCCCUGUCCACCUUCCCCUUCUCCUUCGGCGCCUUCCACCUCCUGGCCCCCAACGCCCUGAACCCCUCUGUCCCGACACAGGCGUCCGGCCUGGGCAAGCCCUACAGACCCUGGGGGACGGAGAUCGGGGCCUUUUAGAGGACUGGCGGUCCCGGGUGGGUGGGGAGCCGGGAGCCCAGGGGGCUCGCCAUGGGGAGGGGGGCAGAGGGGAGGGAGAGGGGUCUUAAAGGUCCAGCUGAGCUGGGUUUUGACUUAAUCACAUUCAGAUUGUUCACACCAAGAGAGGGGAAGACAAGGGUACCGUGACCGAUGAAAAAGGUUUAAAGACUAAAGGGAUUUUAUAUAUGUAUAUAUAUAUACGUAUUAUUAGCAGGUGCAUUUUUUAAUCUAGCAUCUUUUUGGUCCGAGCCAUUAAAUGGCAAUAGCGGAUGUAAACCGAUUGUGAUAGGUUUGUAUCGAGUGCCUCAUAUCUAUUUGUUUCAAAGAGGUCCGACUUUGGCCUGACAGCGUUGGAUUCCUUAACCUCUAAUGCAUUUUGCGGGGGACUAGAUUGUCCUUGUUUAGCAACGGCUUAUUUUAGUCAUUAUUUUUUCCAAACCACUAACAUCCAUAGUCACAUGACUUCUGUCGGGUUCCUAUAUCGGCAGUUUAAGAGGUUCUAGAAGACUCUUUUGGUAAACUGUACUCUGAAGUUUUCUACAUCGGGAAAAAAGCGGUGACAAAUCAGACUGAAUGGUGUCGUCCUAGAAAGGAAGCUAGUUCUUUCUCCCACAUCCGUUGGGGCAACUGGGGUUCCCCCCCUCGCCUCGCCAGCCGUGGACAUACAUACACCCCCUUUCCCACGUUGCUGUCCUGGAGCGGCUAAUCUCUCCCAACCGGAUCCAGGAGCCGAGCCGCCCGGGAUCUGAGCGGUGCCCCCGGCCCACCUUGGGGAGAAGGCGGAAGCCUCCGCACCAAGCCUCCCCCCGGGUCCCAAGCCCCAGAUGAGGCUCUGUGGACCCUGCGGGGCCCCGGCACGGGCGGCUCUACGGGAAGGUGGGUCAACUGCCCCGAGUGCCAGGGGACACGGGAGGGGGCCCGGCCGGGCUGGUUCUCUCGGUCAGGAUGUCGCCACCGGGAUUUCCUUAGCCGGGACCUUGGAGCCCCACUGGCUCCCCUGGGGUCUUUCGGUCUUCCCUGCAUUUCUGCCGUGUGGACUUGGCUUGGAUUGGCCCAUAGAAAUUUCCUUCGGAACAGGUUGACUCCCCAGGAGUCCCAAGAGGCCCCAGUGAAGUGAACUUGGUCUCUAUUGUAUUGCUGUGCGGUGGCUAAAUAAAGGAGAAAGCAAGAACAAAGUA